AGACGUAAUAAUCGUCACGUGACAAGCGUUCUUAAAUACGUAGUUCACCGCAGUACUUGGCAUUUGUAUGAAAAUGAACUCAGGUGGUUGGUGUGUUUUGAGAGCUGGUGAAGACUACAGUCGUCGACAAGCAAUGGCAUUUCCCUCCUUCCUGCAUAUCCUCCUCAUCUUCUCCCUGGUGGGCAGCGGCUUUGCCGAAGAUGAGGCUUCUCCUCAAGGCUGUGGCUCUUUCCCGAAGAGGCCGCUGUGUAACCUGCAUGCAGUGUGGGGCCAGGCAGUGACAUUGGCGGCAGGCAACGGGGCCCUAGCCUCACUGAUUCUGGCCCUGGUGCUGUUCUGCCGCCUGCGUCAAAUCAGAGAGCCUGAGGCUCGCAGUGGGGUGGCACCGCUGCUCCUACUCCUCGCCACCGUCCUCAUGCUCUGCGUCCUCAGUUUUACGUAUGUCAUCGAGCGGGACGACACUGUCUGCAUUGCCCGGCACUCCCUCUGGGGGGCGCUGUUUGUCCUGGCCACAGCAUGCCAAGCGACCCAGGGUGCGCAACUGCUCAAGUGCUCCGGUUUCAGACCCCUGGCAGGGGUGCUGAUCGGCAUGGCCAUAAUGCAGGGCAUAGCCAUUGUCGAAUGGAUCCUGGCAAUUGCACUGCACCCGGGCCAGCCCGUCUGCCAGUACCAGCCGCCACAUUUCAGCUUGGCCUGCAUGUACGGGCUGGCCCUGCUCCUAGCACUGCCAUUGACCUUGGCCUGUGGCUUGUUUCAGGGGCAGCCACAGUGGAGAUGCCGGGCCUUGUGUCUGCUCCUCAUGAGCGUCGCUUCUUUCCUUAUUUGGGUAUUCUAUUUACUCUACAACUUCAAAAAAGUGUUUCCUGGCCAGUCCUCCAGCUGGAAGGACCAGUUACAGGCAGAGGUACUGGUGGCACAGGCCUGGCUGCUGCUGGUUCUCCAUGUCGCUCCUCAAGCUCAUGCCUGCCUGCGCCCAGCCCCGCAGCCCUCUGGUACAGAUGAUGUUCGGGAGCAGGCCCAGCCCCGCCUGAGGGAGGCCAGUAUAGAGGAGGGCCUUCCCCUGUCCCCCCAGCCCAGUGUAGAGAGCCUGGGCUCUCCAUCACGCAGCAGCUCAGCUGGUUCAGAAAGUCAGUGGCCCAGCACAUCCUUCCAUAUGGAGAUGAGCAGCAAUGCAGAGCCCAUGCCCUCCACCUCCACCGGAAUAUAUCACAUUUGGCAUAUACAGAAAUCGGGAUUUUGAGCAGGAUGGCUCGGCUCGAUUGGACAUUGACCAGCUGCUGCUCCCCACUGGACAUCUGCAAGAAUAUAAUACUUACAUGAUUAAAAUAUAUAUUUUUUAUGAC